AUGAUAAAGUGGGAACUCCUUGAAGACCAAGCAGGCUAUGAUGAUGAUCCAACAAUUGUGACUGCUUUAGGGAGAAUUGAAGGUGAAUAUUACAUGUUCAUUGGUCAUCGGAAAGUAAGGAACACAGAGGAGGAUUUUGAGCAUAACUUUGCGGUGCCAACUCCACACGGCUACAAGAAGGCUUUGGGAAUGUUGAAAUAUGCUGAACAUUGUGGUUUCCCCAUUGUCAUAUUUGUUGACACAACUGGUUCUUUUGCUGAUUUAAAAUCAGAGGAGCUUGGUCAGGGUGAAGCAAUAGCACAUUAUUUAAGGACUUUAUUUGGCUUGAAAGUUCCAAUUAUAACGAUAGUGACCGGAGAAGGUGGACCAUGUGUUGCACUUGCAAUCGCUUGUGCGAACAAAUUGCUAAUGCUGGAGAACUCUGCAUUUUAUGUUGAAAGUACGGAUGCAAGCGCUACAAUACUGCAGAAAUUUUCUGCUGCAGCACUUAAGGCGCCUGAAAAUCUGAACAUUACUGCUCAAGAACAUUUUAGGCUAAGGAUUGCAGGUAGUGGCAUUCCGGAACCUCUUGGUGGCGCCCAUGCCAACCCCCAGCAGGCUUCUUCUUAUAUUAAAAAUGCACUUCUUAAGGCUAUGGAGAAUGUGGUUGGUUUGGCAUUGCCUGAGGAAUUGGAAUCUGUCCGAUUCCGGUAUUGGUUCCAAUGGUUGAAGAACUCUGUGGAAGUGGAGCCUGCUGAUUUUGCGUUGGUGGAUAUUGAUGGUGCAUUGUUGCUUGUACUGGUGGAAAAGCGUGCACCUUCUCAGGUUGAGGAGGAGGAAAGGCUUCUGGCUGGAUUUCUGGAGGCGGAGGAAAUGCUUGUGGUGGUGGAACAUGAUGAUAAUCCUGAGUAG